UCUAAUGGGAAAUUAUGGAUGCGAGAAUGCAAUCUCUGGCGGGAAGGCGAAUCGGAUGAUUUGUGCCCAAAUCUAAGUCGACCCGAUCCGAUAGCCGCAGCCUCGACGAGUAAAUGCGAAGAAAAGUGUUGGGCGGCCCGCCGUACCACCUGUUGAAGCCUCCUCUCGCCGAUCGGUCCCCUUCCAUCCUCCUCUGACCACGAUUUCCAUCGAUCUCGAUUCCGGUCCCUGUCCCGCGUCGAGGAGAAGAACACGAGCCGAGGCGGAUAGAGGAGAUGGUAGGGCCAGGCCGCCCAGUCUUCGUGCUCUUCGGAUCUUCCAUCGUCCAGUACAGCUUCAGUAACGGCGGAUGGGGAGCAAUCCUAGCCGACGUCUAUGCCCGCAAGGCUGAUAUUUUGCUGCGCGGAUAUCUUGGUUGGAAUUCAAGACGUGCUGUUCAAGUAGUUGAAGAAGUUUUUCCAAAGGAUGCAGCUGUGCAACCUUCUUUAGUGAUAGUUAAUUUUGGUGGCAAUGACUCAAUGGGCUCUGAUCCAUCUGGCCUAGGUCCUCAUGUGCCUCUCCCAGAAUAUGUCGAGAACAUGAGAAAGAUAGCAACACAUCUUAAGAGCUUAUCUGAAAAGACACGCAUUAUCUUCCUUACUCCUCCACCAGUGAAUCAAGAAAUGUUUCGCGGCUCACAAAUUGGUCCUUUAUUAACUCGGUUAGUCCGGACUAAUGAGUUGCUUCAGAUGUACUCUGAAGCUUGUAUAAAACUGUGCAAGGAGAUGGACAUAAAAUUUAUUGACAUGUUCAAUGCAAUACAAAUGAGGGAUGACUGGGAAACUGCCUGUUUUACUGAUGGUAUUCACUUGUCCUCCGAAGGAAGCAAGAUAGUCGUAGCAGAGAUAAUUAAGGUCUUGAAAAAUGCUGGUUGGGAGCCUUCUUUGUACUGGAAAUCCAUGCCAACAGAGUUUUCGGAGGAUUCGCCUUAUGAUUUUAUUGCUUCUGAUGGAGUUAAAACAACCAACAUUUCCAACUUGACUACUCACAGAGAAUUCCAAUGGGACUAGGCCUGGAACACCCUACCAAUGAAUAAGGUUAUUUCUAAAUGUGUUAAGAAUGAAACAUCUAACUGAAAUAAUUUUGCAGAAUCAAACUUGAUGCUUGAACUGCAUCUGAUGUCUGUGAUUUUAUCAAUGGAAGCAGGAGAGAAUAGCAGGAAUAGGUAAGGACUGAACAAAUGGGGAGGGGGCAGUGAGAGAUAGAGCAUGCCUUGGUGUUGAUGAUGUAAAAUACCGGAAAAUAAGAAAUAUUAAUAAGGGAAUUUUUCGGAA